GAAAUAAAAAUUUUGAUCAUGAUUACCGAAAAAAUUUUUGAUUCUCGAAUUUACAAAUUGCUGAAAAACUAAAGAAAACAAGGGCUGUGGAUUUUGAAAAAAAACCUGGACCGAGAAAUAGAAAAUGAAAAUGAGGGCACUGGGAGGGACCCGGCUCGAGAAAGCAAAUUCGCAUGUGAGAUUUCUGCCUGUCCACAGAUGAUCGGAUUCCCGAUCCGGGAAACGAGACGAGACUCUAGAAAAAGAAUUUCUAUAAGACUGAAACGUCUUUUCGCGGGAAAAAUACUUGGCAUUUCGAUUUAUUAAUCCUUGUUGCAAAAUUUUUCCGCCAACAAUCAAUAAAAAGUUUUUGUUUUUCCUAACGAAUUUUUCUAAAAUUGUCGGUUUUUUAUUUUAAUUAUAUUGUAGAUCUUUUUUAGAUAAGGUACUAAGUUUAAUACAAAAUGAUCGGUGCGAAAGUGUCAGCUUCAUCCUCUACAAUUGACAGUGAUUUUGAUUUAGUUAGCGCCAAUUCUAUGAUUAAUACUUUAAAAUCGAAAAAGUGUAUUGAUUCUCCAAGUAACAAAGAAAACUUUUUAACAUCAAAAAGCAAAGCUUCUUCCUCACAAAAUAAUUCAAAAAAACAUCCAACCACUUCUCAAUUAAACAAAGAAACUAAUUCGAAAGACAACGCUGUUCUUCUCCAGAAACUUAAACAGGCCAAAAAGGCCCUUGCUAAAUACCAGGAAGACAAAAAUCGUUUAGAAUCUGAAUUAACUCAAAAUCGUUCUUUAAUGGCUCAAAUUUUGUCUUGCCAAAUUACGGCAAAGAAUAAGACGCGUGUUAAGAAUUCGUCAUGUCCUAAAGAGUACUUUCCGUCAGAUGAUCGUUGUGUUGGGAUUAAGACAUUUGAUUCACUUGCUUGGAUUCCUUUGCUUGAAAGACUUGAAGAAGAACAGGUUGAUCUCUUUGUCCAAGUGCCUCCACCAAUGAUACCGCGACUUUUGGAUGGUAAAGGCGGCCUUAUUUCUCAGACUGUAUUCAAAAGCCUUAUCUCUCUAACAGUCAAUGAGCAUCAGAAUAGUUCAAUCGCCACUCCGCCAUUUUGCAUUAUUCUCUUACCUUUUAGUCAUGUUGUAACACGUUAUCUAACUUAUUUGAAAGAUGAGUCUGUUAAUGUUUUAUUUACUCGAGGUUAUAUUUUAAUUUUCUUUUUUAUUUUUAAAAUUUAUUUUAAUACAGAUGGUUUGUUUAACAUGGAUUGCAUUACUAAAUCACCUUUUUAUCCUACAUUUUGUUUAACUACUUGCAAUCAUUUUUUAAUUGAACUUGACAACGGAAAUGAUAAAUUAAAUAACCUCACACUUUUAUUGUUGGACGAAGCCGAUUUACUUAUACAUGAUGUUGAUUUUGUUCGUUGUUUUAUUGAAAUUCAAUCACUUUCUUGUUCUUAUCGGACUUUGAUGUUUAGUCGAACAUUGGAUAAUCAGACAAGCCCUCUUCUAUCUGAUAUUUUAAAAAUUGGGUACAAGACGUUAUUAAUUGGUGAACGAGCAUUUGAAAUGAGCCAUAGCAGUUUAAAUUAUUCUGAACAAAGUGAAGGCCGUCUUAUUGAUUUUGAUGAAGAAUCCUCUGUUUCUGAAAACGAAUUGAAUCAAACUGGACAUUCAAAUGAAUUACCUGAACAACAACAGGGAGAUAAUGAGACUAUUGAUGUCUUUGUAAAUUUGUCGACAUUAAAUGAUGAAGAGGAUGAUAUCAUUGUAUCAAAUUCUGAAUUAUCUCAACCAUCGGAAACUAAUGAAUUAAGUGAAAACGUGGAAGAACAGAAUUUAAUUUCAAAUAAAGACAGUUGGCCUCUUGAAUUCAUUAACAUUCGCCCUCCACCACCUCCUGCAAUGUUGCCUUUUUACAUGGGAAAUGAUGAAGAAAUAAAUUUUAACGAACAAGGGACUUCCUACCAAAUUUACAACAAUAUUGAGAAUGAUCAACACCAGCAUGGUCUGUCGUCAUUUUUCGAAAUUGAGGAGCAAAAUUUGCAAAGAAAUGGGCUUUUAAUUGAUAUUGAUCAUAGACAAUCUACUAGUACUCUUGGAGAAGCUUAUCAAAGUUGUUUGGCAUCAUUUAAAAGUGCUUCGACACACACUUCAAUUUCUAAUCUCAGUUCUUUCACCGAUGCAAAUGUUAUUUCUCGUCAUAAUCAGAUGCUCAAUAAUUCUUCAAAUCGCCAGCUUCAAUUAAAGCGUUAUCGAACAAAAUCGUAUGGAAAAGCAAAAAUUGGAAAACUUGCUCCCGAAUUUACUGCUGAUGCUGUUGUUGAUUCUGAUUUUAAGACUAUUUCAUUGUCUGAAUACAAAGGCAAAUAUGUUGUGCUCUUCUUUUAUCCGCUUGACUUUACUUUUGUCUGUCCGACUGAAAUAAUUGCAUUUUCUGAGAGAAGCGGUGACUUUACCAAAAUUAACGUUCAAUUAUUGGCUUGUUCUACCGACUCUAAAUUUAGCCAUUUUGAAUGGAUCAAUAAGCCACGUAAGGAGGGAGGACUUGGAGAAAUGAAAAUUCCUGUUCUUUCUGAUCGCAAUAUGAAAAUUGCUCGUGAUUAUGGAGUUCUUAAAGAGGAUGAGGGGAUUGCCUAUCGUGGAUUGUUUAUCAUUGAUCCUAAAGGAAUUCUUCGCCAAAUUACUAUUAAUGACCUUCCUGUUGGACGCUCUGUUGAUGAGACUCUUCGUCUCGUUCAAGCUUUUCAAUAUACUGACAAGCAUGGAGAAGUUUGUCCAGCUAAUUGGAAGCCAGGAAGUGAUACUAUCAAACCAGAUCCUAACAAAAGUAAAGAAUAUUUUGGUAAACAAUAA